AUGAGCUCACCUCUGUCCAUGCUGAAGAAAACGAGGCGCACUCCCCUGCAGGGCCCUCUGGAUGACAGACAAAAAGUGCCUCUGAGGAGGAACAUGUUAAAAGAAUUUCAGGCUGCAUUGGCUAAUGAUGAUGAUAAUGAUGAUGAUGAUGAUGAAUCCUCUGAUAUCACUCCUCCUCUGACCUGUCACACCACAGCCAAUGACGGCGCCACUUCAAAGUCAAAAGUCCCAUCGAAGAAAGGUGCUCCACCGAGCGACUUUGAGCUGAUGUCUGCCAUGAUGCAACGGGUCAGCCUGCUGGAGAACAUAGUGAAGAGCCAAGCACAGGAGAUUGAGCGCAAGGAUAAGAGGAUUUCAGUGUUGGAGGCAAAGCUGAGGUUUCCGAAAGAAUCAGAGAGCGACCAUGAUCUGAGUGGACGAGUCAACCUUGAGAGAAAGUGCCAACAACUGCAGAAUCAAGUGUGUGAAAUGGAUAGCUUUCUGAAUGACUACGGUUUGAUCUGGCUGGGAGAUGGUGAGAGCUGUGACUCGGCUGAAAGUGAGCAGCCAGGUAGUCUCCAUCGUAUAUUUACCUUGCAAGACACCUCUGUGGUCAGGAGCUUCAACAUGAACUUUGACCUCGUGCUGCAGAGCAUCAGGGAGCUGAACAUCCUGGCAGGGGAGGGAGAGUGUUUUGUAAAAUCGACAGCCACGGGGGCACAACUGGCCAAGAAGGAUCCUAUUCAGCUGGGUCUCUACCGCAACGGCAUCGUCAUGUUUGACGGUCCUUUCCGCUCUUAUCGGGAGAUCAGCACCCAGCGGUGCAUGCAAGAUCUCAUGGACGGGUAUUUUCCAACUGAGCUUCAAGAAAGAUUUCCAGAUGGUGUGCCCUUUGAGGUUCAUGACAGGCGAGACCAGGAUUUUAUCUCCAGGCUACCUUGGAAUAAGUUUCCUGGUGAAGGACAGGCAAUUCGUGGAGAGAAAGAUGAAUCAGUGAAUGCCGUCAGCUCUCAGUUACCCGGCAGGAAGUUGAGCACGGACCAGUUCCUGAACAAGUUACCAAAAGUGGUAGUGAAGGCUGGUUGUGUGAUUGACAUCAGGGACUCACUGAGGGCUGUCCUGCAGGGUUCAUCUGAUGCACAGAGCAGCAACUCCCUGAUUCUCGUAGACACUCCGGCACUGCAAGGGAUACGAGAGAGACUGCGGACAUCCAGUCCUGACCGGCCUGCAUCUGCCCGUGAUGUCAUCACACUGAAGGUGAAAUCAGAGGACGGAAAUCAUACUUACAUACUGAAAAUGUGCUCCUCAGAGACGAUGGGUCACCUGCGACAGCAUCUGGACAAACACAGAGGAGGUGGACUCUCUGGUUAUGACAUCAUCAGUGCGUACCCACAGUGCUGCUUUGACGACGACAGCCAGACAGUACAAUCAUGUGGACUCACGACUAAUGCGACUCUGCUGCUACGAAAGAGGCAACACCCUCAUUCACUGACUGAAGUCAAUAAAAUGCAAAUAUAA